AUGGUCAAAGUCGCUAUCGCCGGUGGUACCGGAAAUGUCGCGUCUGAGAUCAUUGACGCCAUCCAAGCAACCAAGAAGCACGAGAUCACCAUUCUAACUCGCAAGCAAAACCCAAUCUCACCCCCAAGCCUCCGCUACGUGACCGCCGACUACACAUCCAGACCCUCCCUCGUCUCCACCCUCCGCGGCCAAGACGUAGUCCUCUCCUUUCUUGUAGUCCACCAAGAUGAAGACAACAUUGCCCAAAAGAACCUCAUCCACGCCUGCAUCGAAGCCGGCGUCAAACGCUUCGCGCCCUCGGAAUGGGGAGUCUCCAACGGCGGCGGCAUCCCUCCCUACGCGCACAAAGACGAAAUAGCAGAGUACCUCGCCGAGAUCAACAAAGACAAAAAGGUCCUCGAAUACUGCCUCUUCCAGCCCUCCCUCUUCAUGGACUACUUCGCCCACCCCUACUCGCUCGCCACCCACCUGCACACCUGGCCCUUACUCAUCGACCUGCACCGCCGCCGCGCCAUACGCCUCGACGACGGCGCCCAGCCCAUCGUCCUCACCGCCAUCCGCGACGUCGCCGCCGUCGUCGCCCUCGCGCUCGACGACCCGCGUGAGUGGCCUCGCGUCGGCGGCAUCCGCGGCUCGGCCACUACUCUCAACGAACUUAUCGCGCUCGGAGAGGAGAUUAGAGGGGAGAAGUUUGCGGUGGAGGAGGUGAGCGGGGAGGAUGUGGAGAGGGGGGAGCUGAAGACGAACUGGGUGCCGCGGAUGGAUCACCCGGUGAUUCCGGUGGAGGAGCGCACGGAGCAGUUCUCGCGGGAUUUUGUGGUGAUGUUUUUGGUCGGGAUUGGGAGAGGGGUGUGGGAUGUCGGCGGGCAGUGGAAUGAGAGGUUGCCGGCGUAUCGGUUUAAGGGGGUCGAGGAGUAUUUGAGGGAGGCGUGGGAUGGG